GGAUGCGUCGAUGAGGAAGGAACUGUACUUUUAUAUUCCGGGAGGCAGACUUGAUGACGUCUAUAGCAUCCUUAAUGUGACUUAUUGGAGAGAGGAGGAGGUGGGGGGGUUAGGUGAGGAGGGGAGGGGGGAGGCAAGGCUUGCGAGACGUGGAUAAAAAUCCAAGGCAAUCACAGCGCAGGACAAAAAAGUUUAGAGCACCGAUAUGUAGACGAGGACACGGCGCACUUUUCCACCCGAGUUUUUUGUUCCGGCUGCUUGAGUCUUCUUAUCUGUGUAUAAAAAGUGAGAGAGGAGGCUGCACGAAGGGGGAAAACACAAGGAGACGACGGAGGCGCUUCAGCCAGGAAAGAAGUGCCGUGAGAAAGAUACCGUCUCUCUCUUUUUCACGCACUCUCUCUCACUCACUAGCACCACAGCCGCGCCCGGAUCACAUCCUCCUGCACAGCACUGCGCUCUCCCUGCUCCCCCUGCUAUAGGUACGUGCUUUGUCUGCGGAAUCUCUUUAAAACUCGGGAAAUGCUUAACAGGAGACCCCCCUCUUUUUUUCUUUUUUUUUUAAGUAAAGGAAAUUAUUCUAAUUUUCGUCCUGCGCUGCGUGGAGACUUGCUGAGCUUGGUUACUUUAGCGCUGCAUGCGAUGGAUGCUCUGUUAAAAAACUUAAACUUUCACGAAAUUGGAUGAAAAAACUGAAAGAAAUCGUCUCUUUACGCGGUGAAUGAUCAAUUUCUCCCCCCUGAUCCUGUACUUUUAAAUGAUUGAAGUAGAGCGUCUUGUGAGGCAGACAGAACAAAGAGUGAGCAUGUUGUUUCUAUAGGAGUGACUAACCUGUUUCAUGUUUUUUUUCUUCUUCUUCAUGUUCUAACAGCAUGGCCAGUUCGAGCAAAGCCACUUUAAUCUUGCUCAUCUACGGAAUCUUAAUGCACUACAGCGUCUUCUGCACACCUCUCGGACUAAGUUACCCUAAGAUUAGGUAAGUAGACGCGCUUUUUUCUAUCAUUGAACCCUGACAGAAAUAAAAUCUGUUCUAAAAAUAAUGUCAGUUAGAUGUGUUAAAUUGUGAUUCUCGUUCGAACAUUUGGAUUUUGGCACUUGCGCGUAAUUGCGCACAAAAAGUAUGCGCGCAGAUUUUAAAUAACAUCAUUUUAAAAAAGGAAGGAGAAAAGGAUAUUCAUUGGUUUUAAAAUGCACAUAGGCUUGUGUGGAAAAAAUUGCAUUGGAAAUUGCGUAGAGCUGUUUGUCCGGUGGGACGUUACACAGAACUCCCCUUAUUAAAAAUGAGAGUGCAGUCAAUGCAAUGGAUAGCUCUUGGGAUGACGGUGGACUGGCGUCACCAAGGAGAGGCGAGGCAAACGAAUAGAAGAGCUCUACCCAUUUAAGAUUUAUUCUUCACUUUAUCUCUCUCCCUGUGUCUCCCUCCCUCUCUGUAAAAAGCAUAUCCAUAAUUUGGGCGUGGUUCUUAUCGAUUCUACAUUUUCGCCGCUAAUUGCAGCUCUCUUUUAAUCAGAUUUUGGCCCGGCGCCUGCACCGAAUGUCAUCAUUUUCACACCCAUUGUUCCCCAGUCUUCAAUAAUUAAUGAGGCUGGAUGUUACAGGCUGCAGCAUCAAGUUGGAAUCAAAAACAGGUUUUUCCCCGAUGAAUAAAAAAUAAUGUAAGGAGAUAAAAAAAUAAAGCUGCAUAUAUUUGAAACGUUUUUAUUUUUGCUUCAUUUUUAAUAAUUCGUUCUAGCUUUGUUUAAAAACAAAAUAAAUCAGCUGUCAUAUUUAUUUUUUCGUUUUCUUUCCCGUCCUCCAAUGCGCAUUAACCUCCCACCGUUUCCAGAAAGGGACGCAGACAUUUUGGCAUUCUUUCACUCAUGCGGGAGUCCCGCUCAUGCACAGAUCAGAUUUGAGAUCAAUGCUCUCCCCUCUCUCUCUCCCUCCUUUUUUCCUGCAGACUUGAAAACGACGCCUUCGAUGAGGAUGGCAACUCGUUAUCCGACAUGGGUUUUGAUAGCGAUCAGAUUGCUAUACGAAGCCCCCCAUCCCUAAACGACGACGCAUACACCCUCUACUACCCGCCAGAGAAGAGGUAAAUGUGCCUUUUCCUCACAUCUCUGGAUAAUGACUGCGAUAAUGUUGGCUUGCUUUGUUUGAUCCCAGAGUUUCUCAUGUUAUUUGUUCAGUGUUAUUUUCAUACCGAGUAGCCUAAAAUGUUGCAUCAAAUCCUGAUAAUAAUCCAGAUUAAUGUGUGAGGGAAAAAGAGGCGCAGAUUGAGCUGCACCUGAUGCGGUUAUGGAGCUGUAGGGGAGGGCUGGGGGGACAUUUUAGGCUACUUCUGAUCAUUCUGUCUGCGCUUUUUUUUUAGUCACUGAUGAUCUAUGUGUUUUGGCGUUUUAUCAUCUCAGAGCAGAAAGGCAUGCUGAGGAAGAAUUAGAUAGAGCCUUGAGGGAGAUCCUGGGUCAGUUAACAGCGAGACAUUAUCUGCAUUCUCUGAUGACAAUUCGUGCAGGGUAAGGGCAUUUCUUUUACGCGUUCACCUGCAGUCAUCAUCACCUGUUUUCUGUCACGGCUGCUGCUGCAUCGCUGUCUGUCAUUUUUAUGUGCGUGGAUUUUUAUUUCUAUUUUUAUUCUACCCUUCUGUAUAUCUCUAUAUAUCAAAGAAACCGUGUGGACAUUUUCAUGGUUUGUGUGUGUUUUUGUUGUGGCGUGGCUCUGCCUUCAUGAUUCCUGUGCUCCCUUAGGGAAUGAAGGGUCUGAGACUAAAAUACACUACGAUUUAUAUGUGAUCAAUCCAUAAAUUGAUUUUUUUUGUUUUCUUGCGCCAAUGAGGAGUCAUGCGUCAGAAUAUGCAAUAGGCUGCGGAUGAAUAAUUUAUACGUUUUCUAAAACGCAGAAAUCACUGUUUCUUUUACACUUUUCUGCUUUUUUGCAUAAAUUUAAGGAGAAAAUUGGCGCGUAAAAGGCCUAAAAAUUCAGUUUUUGCACCUUUACGCAUAAUUCGAUCAUGGAAACGUGGAUUUUUUUUGCGUAGAAAUUAAAGUCUCAUUUUUGUGGAUGGUUGCAAGGUUGCAGGUUUGAUUAAUUUUGUCUACAUUUUCUUCUUUUUUUUACAGUGAAGACACCAGUAUGGAGGAAGAGUCAGAGCCCCUCUCCAAAAGACAUUCAGAUGGGAUCUUCACCGACAGCUACAGCCGCUAUAGAAAGCAGAAGGCGGUGCAGAAAUACCUGGCAGCGGUUCUGGGAAGAAGGUACAGACAGAGAGUUAGGAACAAAGGACGUCGGCUCGCUUAUUUGUAGCGUCGUUCAAGCGCCCAAACUGCCCUCCUGUGUAAAUACAUCCAGUCGUUAAAUCAAAGUCAUUCAGAUAUAUCUGACCAACCAGUGGAUUGCGCCUGUGUUCUUUCAACAUGUAUUUAUGUAUGAAGUAAAGCCAUUAAAAUGAAUAUUUUAAUAAUAAUAUCGUUUUUUUUUUCUUUUUGUACAAAAGCACUUGAUACCCGCACAGUUAUACUUUGUGGACCAAUAUUUUAUUUUCAUGUUAAGAUGUUGAAAACAAAAGCAAAACAAAAAAAAAGAGAAAAGAAAAAAAAAUGAAUCAGAAAAAAAAGAUAAUUGUGCACCUUCAACGUUAUGCGCUUGAAAUCUUUAAAAAGUCAUCUACAUAUGCAGAAAAUAAAUAGAUUUUAAAAAGACAAUCAAAGUAUUGAAUGUUAUACUUAUUUUUGUAACCAACGUUCUAUUUUUUUAAGUGUUGUUUGUUUUCCAAAAAGAAAAAAAAAACAGGCCCAAAGAAGCAGUGAGCAUGCUCUGUGAGGCAUAUCCGGCUUAUUCCCAAAUGAUAGAUGUUUUGCCCUUCUCCUCCACCCUCCUUCUCCUCCUCCUCCUCCACCUCUUCCUACUCCUCGUCCUCCUCAUCCUCCAUGGGAGCUCUGUGGGUUAGUAGAGCCUGCUGCCCCCUCCAGGGCAAAUCCAGAUGGCUUUAGAUGUACAGCCUCUCAUUUGAAGGAUAACUGAUUGACUUACAGUGAUUGGUGUAAAUGGUGGUUCAAAAAAAAAAAAAAAAAAAAAAACAAAAGAAGAAAGAAAAAAAUCCAACCCUCUUUGUUUUUGGACACAAAUUGACUCACAGGCUGUUUCAAGGGCGUUACUAAAGACAGAGGAAGCACUAAAGUUGCUCUUGACAGUAUGCGGUGAACACUGCUUGCUCACUUGCCUCAAAGUCAUAUUACUGCAGGAGAUUAAUCAUGCUUGUGUAAAGAAUGUCAUGUGUGUGCGUGUGUGUGUUUGUAUGUGCAGUAGAAAUUACACACCUUCAUGUUGUCAGUCGACAGAUUAUCUGGAAGAAUGUUGCUCCAACUGUUGAUUGUAUUUCAGCAGCGGGACUUUUAUUCUGAAAGGACCCAGAUAACCAUGUAGGAUGCAGGAAUUGAAGCACUGUAUAAUGAAGAAGUGGAGAAGAAAGGUAGCAUAAGAUUAGGAUUAUUUAAUUCAUAUUUACUGGUGCAUGUGGAGACCGACAUCUGGAUCAUUUCUGCUUAGAGACUGCAUGCCAUCGUGCCCUUUACUUUCUUUUUUUUGUUGGAUUGUGCUAUCCGGGAGGUGGGCCGCUCUAGGCCUUUUUAUCACCACUCCCCUCUCUCCUUGGAUGUGCUGGGAAUGAAAGCAAAGGAGGGCUAGAAGUGGUUGAAACUGGUACUGCACUGACUUGUUGAUAUUUUGAACCUCUGCUGCUGUCAUUGUGGAUCAUAUAAGACGAGACACUGGACCCCCUUUUUUGCCUUCGUCCUGGUAUUUUUGAAAAACGCUUUCUUUUGCAUCUAGAUCGCCGUGCUGACUCGUUGACUUUAGUGCUGUAGAUUAGUAAGAAGAAGCUGAUACGUGUUCAAUGUAAGCUUGAGUGUGUGCAGCGAGGAUGUAACUAAGAUAGAAGUCUGAGGUGACAGAGGAGGAAACAAGUAGUUAUUAGUUUAAUGUGUGUGAAAGAGAAAAAAGCUGUUAAAUAUGAGAGAGAGAGAGAGAGAGAGAGUUGGGAUGCAGGGACAGGCAGACUGAGAUCAGGGUCAAUGAGUCUGAUAGGAACUAUCAGAUGUUGAAUUCCCUUCACUUAGCCUGAGGGUAAACACCAAGAUGUGUGAGAGAAGCUGGGCAAGACCAUGGAGAUUACACAAAGCCCCCCAAAAACCUCAGAUUACAGUGGCUGUUGAUAAUCCAGCCCUCCCUAACAAACUUUUAAUUUCGACGAGGCUUUCUGCGGCCCUGCAGUCCAACCAGAGGGCUUGCAUUUCCACAUAGAAACUAUCAACACACCUUUCAAUUCGGCUUUCAGGCUUUGCGUGAAAGUGUCGAUGUUUGCACUGUAGUUUGUCUGUGUCUGUGUGCGUGCGCUCCGUGUCUGUUUGUGUGUGUGUGUGUGUGUGAAUGAGCGAGUGUUUGAAUGCGCAUGUGGAGGUGGGAACAGCUUUUGGCUUUGGUGCCUUUGCUUCGACGUGAGAAUAAAAAUAGAACAUGAAAAAAAAUUCGCCACAAGUGACAGAUGGCAAUUUUUAGUGGCCCUACAAUGCUGCAGUCCAUUAGCUUACAUCGAAACUUCCUUCUUUUUUUUUAAGUCUGUUUAAUCGCUCGGCUUAGUCUGCCCAGAGAGUAGUAGAAUUAGGCGUUCUUUUUGAAGCAUGGCCAAUGAUUCAUGGAGUAAAAAAUAAAAUGUCAAAAAAAUGAGUAGAAUGUAUAUGUUGAUGGAGCAAGCAAUGUGUGUGUGUAAGUGUGCGUGCGUGUGCAUGAGUUUGGGGUGUUCAGUGUCUGUGCGAGUUGUGAACAAUGACCAGUGUUUGUUCCUGUUGAUUAUGAGGUGUUGUUGAUUAUUUUGAUAUUGGUCAGUAACUUCUUAUUAAUCAGAAAAAUAGCCCCGAACAUAUUCUGUGCAUCACUAUCUAGGAUUCAAGGGUUUGAGAUCAUGACAGAGAUGUUGUUCAGAUCUUAGAAAAUGCCUGUUGUUGAUAUUUCUGAAAGCGCCAAACGCCUUACUUCAAUGUUUAAUCUCUUAUCUAUCUGAAAACUAUGUGUUUGAAAAGUGAACCUUAGUACAAAGUGACAUCGUUAUCCACACAGGAGUCCUUCUAUGGGGUUUUACGUUUCUCAAUGUCAUGAAAAGUGUUGUAAGAUUUGUAUGAAUAAAUUUUUGUAAACAACAACAUU